AUGUGGUUUAGUGGCCAUCUCUCACUCUAUCGGCAUCACAAAUUUGACGUCGUAGGCCUCGAGUUCUGCUCAAGAUCAGUAACCGGUUGCUCCUCAGGCUUAGGAAAGUCUUUUGCAGAGACCAUCCACGCCGCCGGCCACCGCAUCGUCGCCACAGCUCGCAGCCUCGAGUCGCUCACGUACCUGCCCGAUGAACCAAACGUGCUGAAGAUCCAAUUGGACGUGACCUCCCAACAAGAUAUAGCCACUGCAUUUGCAAGCGCCGCUGAGAAAUUCGGUCAGAUCAAUGUUGUUAUUAACAACGCCGGGUAUGGCCUUAUGGGAGAUAUGGAAGCAAUCUCCGAAGAGGAAGCACGCUGCCAACUCGAGACGAACUUCUGGGGACCAGUUCAUGCCACCAAAGAGGCCCUUCGCAUCUUUCGCGAAGUCAACCCGCGCGGACGUGGUGGCACUGUUGUCCAGAUAUCAUCGAUGGGGGGAUGGAUAGCUUUCCCGGGCACCUCCUUUUACCAUGCCAGCAAAUUUGCCCUAGAGGGAUUCACAGAGUCAGUUGCCAAAGAGAUGGAUCCAGCAUGGAACAUCCGUUUCCUAAUAGUUGCCCCAGGGGGUGUGCGCACGAAUUUCAUAGGGUCGAGCAAGAGACUGGCCCCUCGACAUCCAGCCUAUGGUUCUUCCACUGGACCGUUCAGCCAGGUGCUCAACUAUCUCGCCGAACCUGAAGCUCCCCUCACUUGGGCCGACCCUGCUAUCUGCGCGGGGCUGCUCUUCAGGACCGUCAUGCAACAGCAUGUUCGAUCGCUGCCUACGCGUUUGCUGAUGGGGGCGGAGACAAUUCCCUUGAUUAGGGCUGACAUUGAAAAGACACUGAAGGAAAUGGAUGCAUGGAAGGAAGAGUCCAUGCGGUGUUCUCCUGCUGGAGGUGCACGGUUUAUGAGCUUCGACGGAUAA